ACGUCAGCGAGAGCUAGCUGCAAAGUUCCUUGCCGUUCUUUGCUGAUGUCGGGGAGCUGAAAAUUAAAAGGGUGAACGUGGAGUUAUGGGUUGGCCGGGUUUUUUUCUUUUCCUGUUUUCACUCUUUAUUGUAAAUUCUGCAGGUAAAGCGAUAGUGAGCCGGGCGCUUAAAGACAUCUGUAGAGGAGGGGUGAGUCAGCGGGUGCAGAAGGACUAAGAAUUGGUUCCUUGGAGGGACGGUCGCCUCUUUCCCCAGAGAGGAGGCGGCGGGGCUGCUCCUGGGACCGAACCCCCGUCCUCUCCCCGCUCCAGGGGAACGCGGGGCCGACGACGCCCCGCAGCCGCCUCGGUCUUGGCCAGCGUUUCGCGUCCACUUCCCCCGGCCUGCGCGCGCAGAAGCUGGAUCUAGCACGAGUCCACCGCGCGCCGGUCACACUGUGGGUAACUGCGGGCCGGGAGAAGCGCCCAGAUGCCGGCGGUCCCCGCCUUUGAGAGUCGACGGCACACCGGUACUUGAUUGUGGGUAGCGGGGAGGCUGGCGCUAGAUUGUUGAAUUCCCAGUUGCGCGCAGAAUGCCCAAUCUUCUAAGCAGGACGGAUCGGACAGUACGGAGAAGCGGGCUCCUGUAGUUCUGGGAUUACAUUUUGCAACGUGUCUCCUCGAGCUUCGCGCCAAGCCUGGGGGAGGGAGGGAGUUGGGGCCGGAAGGCCAGCGCCGCGAGUGGAUAGGGUCCGCGGGUAGCCCCGCGUGUGCGUCCCUGGCCAUGUCGCCUUUAAUGCCCUGCCCUUUUGCGUGGCCUUCUGAGGGUUUCCAGGGCAGGCCGGGGUUGCUUCCCACCCACACGCCCUCUCUCACCCCCAGCUAACCCCAGCGGGCAAGGCUCCCCAGAGCCGAGACCUUUUGACUCUGCUCCCUCGCUCCCGCCUCCGCCCUCGCCCGGGGGUGGCUCCCGAGAGCCGGACCUCGCCGGCCCCGGCUGGGACCAUGGUGUUUCUCUCUGGGAAUGCCUCCGACAGUUCCAACUGCACCCAUCCGCAGGCACCAGUGAACAUAUCCAAGGCCAUUCUGCUCGGGGUGAUCUUGGGGGGCCUCAUCAUUUUCGGCGUGCUGGGCAACAUCCUAGUGAUCCUCUCCGUGGCCUGCCACCGGCAUCUGCACUCGGUCACUCACUACUACAUCGUCAACCUGGCGGUGGCCGACCUCCUCCUCACCUCCACGGUGCUGCCCUUCUCUGCCAUCUUUGAGAUCCUGGGCUACUGGGCCUUUGGCAGGGUCUUCUGCAAUAUCUGGGCGGCGGUGGACGUCCUGUGUUGCACCGCGUCCAUCAUGGGACUCUGCAUCAUCUCCAUCGACCGCUACAUCGGUGUGAGCUACCCGCUGCGCUACCCCACCAUCGUCACCCAGAAGAGGGGUCUUAUGGCCCUGCUCUGUGUCUGGGCGCUCUCCCUCGUCAUCUCCAUCGGGCCUCUGUUUGGCUGGAGGCAGCCGGCCCCUGAAGACGAGACCAUCUGCCAGAUCACCGAGGAGCCGGGCUACGUGCUCUUCUCGGCCCUGGGCUCCUUCUACGUGCCACUGACCAUCAUCCUGGUCAUGUACUGCCGGGUCUACGUGGUGGCCAAGAGGGAAAGCCGGGGCCUCAAGUCCGGCCUCAAGACUGACAAGUCGGACUCGGAGCAGGUGACGCUCCGCAUCCAUCGGAAAAAUGCCCCGGUAGGAGGCAGCGGGGUGUCCAGCGCCAAGAACAAGACGCACUUCUCCGUGAGGCUCCUCAAAUUUUCCCGGGAGAAGAAAGCGGCCAAAACACUGGGCAUCGUGGUCGGCUGCUUCGUCCUCUGCUGGCUGCCUUUUUUCCUAGUGAUGCCCAUCGGGUCUUUCUUCCCUGAUUUCAAGCCUUCAGAAACAGUUUUUAAAAUAGCGUUUUGGCUCGGAUACCUAAACAGCUGCAUCAACCCUAUUAUAUACCCAUGCUCCAGUCAAGAGUUUAAAAAGGCCUUUCAGAAUGUCUUGAGAAUCCAGUGUCUCCGCAGAAAGCAAUCUUCCAAACACGCCCUGAGCUAUACCCUGCACCCACCCAGCCAUGCCCUGGAGGGCCAACACAAGGACCUGGUGCGCAUUCCAGUGGGAUCCGGAGAGACCUUCUAUAAGAUCUCCAAGACGGAUGGGGUCUGUGAGUGGAAAUUUUUCUCUUCGAUGCCCCGUGAAUCUGCCAGGAUUACAGUGUCCAAAGACCGAUCAGCCUGCACCACAGCCCGGGACUUUUAACCAUGAAACUGCCUGCACACAGCUCCGGUCCAGCCCGAUUGGAACACACUGUUGGCACCUGCUCCUUGUCUACGUGCUGUGUUGGGGAGCAGGGCUGAGCCCAGGCUGCUGUGGGGUCCACCGUCUUCAGAAGGCAAUGACAACAGUGGCCUCCUGGCCCUCCAAAGUCCCCGCAAGAUGAAUGAGUGGAGAUGACUUUGGGGGCUGGGCUGGCAAAAAGCAAAUUAGGAUUUCAGCAGAGGACACCCAGCCCCUUGCCGUUGCCCCCAUCUGCCUUGCUUCACUCAUGCCUCCCAAGACCCAGAUGUCAUAGGGGCUGAGGGUGGAACCCAUCUGCCCCGUGCAGGAAAAUGUCAUUUCUUCUUUGCUGCUGCAAUAUGGAUUCCUGAGUCUCCCGCCUAAAAGGAAAGCUAUGGCGGUGGGCAGGGGGCACCUACCCCCUGUGUUGAGAAGGAAGGGAAGACCUACCCCGGGCAUCGCUCAAAGCGGGAUGCAUGGUUUAGUAAUAUUUGCUACAACUGAUAAGAAACUGCCCUGAAGCUGGUUGCUUCUCUGUUUCCCAAAACAAAAUGAUUGUCUUUCCUUUCCGUGUCACCCAGUCAUUUAUUACAUCACUGUCCCUUGACAUCAUAGUCAACAUAGCCACCUCAUAAGCUGGCAAUGCUUAGUGUUAAACUAUGAGAAGUAGAGACUUGAUCAGGUAAGAAGAAAUCUAAGAGCAAAUCCAUACUGUGUUUGUAGGAAAAAAAUAAUGAAGGCACCGACCUGUUAAAAAGCCCAGGUACAGUAGGUGCAUUCGGAUGUAACAGAAAAGAAGCUAAAACAGAAAGUCCCGGUGUGAGCUUAGUAUUUCCUUCCGUUUAUGUAAUGCUUUGUACUUGUCCAGGUAAUUUCGCCUAUCUCGGGUCAUUCCUGUGAAGGACAGAGGGAAGGGUGUGUUAUCUCUACUGAACACAUGGAGAAACAAGGGGACAUAGAGAUUUAAGGAUGCUUUGAAUAGCCCCAUAUCCAACCUCUGACUCCUCUUUUCGUGAUGCCCUCAGUAUCCUCAAGGACCACUGUGUUUCUUGGGACCGUGAAUUUCAUAUGUCACUCAUUUGUCUCUGAUCCACAUUUUCAGUUCCAUUGUCACCUUCUCUGCUAUUACAUCCUUGCCAGCGGCUGGCCAGUGCAAGACUGUCCUAGGGGUUCAGUGCACAUUUGUCUCUGCUUCCCUUAUUGGCUAAAGGACAAGCAAAUGUGAUUCUGUUCUGUCUCCCUAGAUAGGCAGGACCAGAGCCAAGGAAGUAAGCAGAGCAGGGGGCUCUUGGCUUCCUCAAUAGGGUGACACUGGAAGGCAAAGCCAGCAGUGAUUAACAACCUAAGGACCUCAGGAAUGCAAAGAUGGAAAAGGGAGUUUCUGGAAGGCUCAGGUGAGCCUGAGGGUGGUUGUUACAGUACCGUUUUGUCACUGUCGGCAAACUGCCCUCUUCCUCCCCUGCACCGGGCACUGCAUUUGGCACAAAAAAAUACUUAAGAGGCACAGACAGUCCCCAGCUGGGUGUGUUCCAAGUUCAUCUGUUGCAAAGUCAAGAAUGCGUGUUGCCAAGAAGCAUUGUUAUAGAUGGGGGAGGGGAGGGGUGUUCCCAAACCAACUAAAAAAUAAAAAAUCUAUUUAAUGUAUACAUGGGGCUGGCAAACUUUUCCUGUAAAUGGCUAGAUAGUAAAUAUUGGAGGCAUUGUGGGCCAUA